AUGUCCGGGAACACUUUGUACGGCAGCGGGAGCCACGGUCGAUGUUCGCAUGGCGGUUUCCCUGGAAAGUUUGGAGGUUUGCCGUUGAAAGUUGCAAGGGUGGCUGGAAUUCUGCAGCUUGCCAUCGGUCCUCAUCCCUCACCACCCCGCACUAGAUCCAUGUUCUACGAAUGUCCGUGGGCUCACGUUCCGAUACAAACAAGGCGACAAGGCUUCUUCGAUUGGACUGUCCCACUGACCUCACAGUGGCAUCAUCCAGACUCUAGGCGUAUGGCACGGUUCGGAGCUUUCGAUAUCGAAUCAGGUGUAAACCCAGCUUGUCUAUCAACCACACCCUGGGUCUCCAAGAUCGGUCCUCUCCUGGCCCACCUGGCGCGACCGCAACUGUUCCGCUCUUGCAUCUGGUCUGCCUCAGAUUACAGUCAACGUCAACAGGGGCCUGCCAAUCGUUUCCUAGGGGGCACUGGUGGUACUCGGUGCGGAGGCAGAGACGGGACAGGCAUGCACCCGGCAGACUGGCAUGAUGAUGAGGAGAUGCGGCACGAGAUCAGCGGAAGUCAAGGAACCUAA